CCGCCUGCCAGCUGCCAACAGAACUCUGCUCUGUGUCUGCCACACCUGUCACUGCCUGUCCUUGUCCAGGGGGUGCCCCAUCAGCCCCUCCUCAGCCGCCCAGCAGAGCAAGCAGUUAGUGGGGAGGGGAGGGAACAUGGAGCGGGGGCCGGUGGUGGGGGCAGGGCCGGGGGCUGGGGCCCGAAUCCGGGCAGUACUGGGCUGCCUGGUCAAGGUGCUGCUCUGGGUGGCCUCUGCGUUGCUGUACUUUGGAAGUGAACAAGCUGCUCGCCUCCUGGGCAGCCCCUGCUUGCGGCGCCUCUACCACGCCUGGUUGGCAGCAGUGGUCAUCUUUGGGCCCCUUCUGCAGUUCCACGUCAACCCUCGGACUAUCUUCGCCAGCCAUGGCAACUUCUUCAACAUAAAGUUUGUGAAUUCAGCGUGGGGCUGGACAUGCACCUUCCUGGGGGGCUUCGUGUUGCUGGUAGUUUUCCUGGCUACACGGCGUGUAGCAGUGACUGCCCGGCACCUGAGCCGGCUGGUGGUGGGGGCAGCUGUGUGGCGGGGGGCCGGCCGGGCCUUCCUGCUCAUUGAGGACCUGACGGGCUCCUGUUUCGAGCCUCUGCCCCAGGGCCUGCUGCUCCACGAGCUGCCCGACCGCCGCAGCUGCCUGGCGGCCGGCCACCAGUGGCGGGGCUACACCGUUUCCUCCCACACCUUCCUGCUCACCUUCUGCUGCCUGCUCAUGGCCGAGGAAGCGGCAGUGUUCUCCAAGUACCUGGCCCACGGGCUGCCCGCCGGCGCGCCCCUGCGCCUCGUCUUCCUACUCAACGUGCUGCUGCUGGGCCUCUGGAACUUCUUGCUGCUCUGUACUGUCAUCUAUUUCCACCAGUAUACUCACAAGGUGGUGGGUGCCGCCGUGGGCACCUUUGCCUGGUACCUCACCUACGGCAGCUGGUAUCACCAGCCCUGGUCUCCAGGGAGCCCGGGCCAUGGGCUCUUCCCUCACCCACACUCCAGCCGCAAGCACAACUGAAAGAAAUAAAAACACAUCAGGCCUG